AUGUCGACAGACCAUGGGAAGCAACCUGAGGAGGGGGAGCAUGAAGCUCAGGAUGUCCAAUCUCACAAGCCUGUGUCGCGGUUCACGCGCUGGUACCGAAGCCCACUUUUCAACGUCAUCGUCGUCGGCUUGAUCUCUUUCACUCAACCUGGCAUUUGGAAUGCACUCAACAGUACUGGUGCAGGAGGCCAACAAGAGCCAUACCUGGUUAAUGGUUCUAACGCACUUACCUUUGGUAUCAUGGUGUUUGGCUGUUCUAUAUUCGCCAUCCUUGCCAACAAAAUCGGCCUCAAGAAUGUACUGAUUAUUGGUACAUUGGGUUAUGCGCCUUACUCGGCAUCAAUGUAUGUCAACAACCGGUACGGCGUCGAAUGGUUUGUUUUGUUCGGAGGUGCAACCUGUGGCAUCGCCGCCUCCGCAUUAUGGGCUGCUGAGGGUGCCAUUGCCCUCGGAUAUGCUGAUAUUAAAGAUCGAGGAAAAUUCACCGGUAUUUGGCUCGGUCUUCGUGAGCUCGGUCAGCUAAUCGGCGCCUCAAUUCAACUGUCGCUAAACUCCAACAACGGCCAGCGUGGAAAGGUCGGAUACUCUACCUAUCUGGUCUUGAUCGCCCUUCAGUGUCUCGGCCUCCCUCUCGCCCUACUUGUUUCGCCUCCUGAAAAGGUCAUCCAUCGUGACGGCCGAAGGGUUGCCGAUCCUACGAAGAACAAAGCCGUAAUGGGAGAGUUCCGCAAGUGGUGGGGACUGCUGAAGAGGAAGCAAUUCUUCCUCCUGAUUCCCAUCCUCAUUGGUUUCAACUGGAACAGCACUUACCAGGGAAUUUACCUUACCAAAUACUUCUCUGUCCGAGCGAGAACCCUCGGCGCCUUGACAUCUGGCAUCGCUGCCUCAGCUGCAAACAUGUUCUGGGGCUGGUUCUACGAUUUAAAGUGCUUCAGCCGCCCGCAGCUUGCCAAGAUUACCUGGGCCACCUUCUCCGUCAUCAUGCUGGGUCUCUUCGCUUGGCAGACGGCUAAUGAGAAGUUGUAUGAGGACACUGUCCCAAAGAUCACACUUGACUGGACAUCCCCUGGCUUUGGACGUGGUUUUGCUGUUAAUGUUUUGUUCCGCUUCAUGAACGAGUCGCAUUAUAUGUUUGUCUACUGGAUCAUGGGAACCUUCUUCGACGAUAUCGAGACAUUGACCUUGGGUGUCGGUCUCGUCCGGUCCUUUGAGUCCAUCGGCUCCUGUUUAGCGUUCGGCAUUGGCGCUAUCAAGGUAUCUCCCAUGGUGAACCUUGUUGUUGCCUUUGUCAUGUUUGCGAUCUGCAUUCCCGCAACCUCCUGGGCAGUUUUGUUGGUCCCCGAGCGGCCAGUUGAUAACAGAAAGCUGGACUCUGACAAUUCAUCCGUCGACGACUCCAGUAAAGUGGUUGACCCUGUUAUAGUGUCAACAGCUGCCUCGGCGGCAGACGGGCCUCGAAAUGCCUAA